AAAUGAAUUUGAUAAAGAAAAAAUUAUAGACACUUCCAAAAGAUUAUAGAGCUAAAAUAAUGCUUAGACUUUAUGCUGGUGUAGCAAAACCAAGUCCUAAGAUGGGUCAAUCAUUAGGUCCUUUAGGAAUUAAUAUGAUGCAAUUUUGCAAAGAAUUCAAUGCUGCAAGUUAAUCCUUUAGACCAGAUGUACCACUUAGAGUUUAAGUUAUUGCAUUUCCAGAUAGAACAUUUAAAUUUCUAAUUAAACCACCUGAAACUACUUGGUUUCUAAGAAAAGCAACUGGUAUCACAUAUAAAUAAUCUAAUAAUCUUAUAGGUACAGAUAAAUUCACCAAUUUCCCUGGUUAUAUAUGGUAUGAUACUAUUUCUUUAUAACAAGUUUAUGAAAUUGGUAAUAUUACAUAUAUAUAAUAUAUUCAAUUAGCAAAAGUAAAAUAAGAAAUGGAUCCACACUUAAAACAUGUAUCACUUCCUGCCAUUUGUAGAAUGAUCAUAGGAUAAUUAGCAUCUUUAGGAUGCAAUUUAUCUACAUAAUAUUUUAAACCAGAAACCAUUGUUAGACCAGAAAUAAAGAGUUGAUAUAUUAUUAAAAUAUGAAUUAUGAAACCCCUC